UAGAGUGUAGCAUUAAAAAAAAAAAGCAAAAAAAAAUAAAAAAUCUAAAAACAAAAAAAAGUUUUUUUGAUUGUGCCCUAAAAGUUCAUAUUCUUAUCCUUCUUCGCCGCCUCAUUUUGUUUCUGUUCAAACCCUAAUCUUUCAAAUCGCCAUCUCUCCACUGAUAAAUGUUUCGGAGUUGUUGGAUUCGUUUCAAUCAUCGAUUCAUGGUUGAAAGUUUGAAUUUUUAUUUAUAUUGAAAGAUCUGAUUUUGAUUAGAGGGAUUCAAAGAGAUCCGUUUGUAUUCAUUCCGGCGAUUCAACAUUUGUUUGAUCGGAAUUAGUGAAGAUAAAUUUUUCAUUUGAUUGAACGUGUUUUUUUUUGGCAAAAGCGAAAAUGUCGAUUUUGCCAAAAACUGAUUCAAUCCACAUUCGAGAGGUUUGGUUUGACAAUCUGGAGGAAGAAUUCGCGUUAAUGCGCGAAAUCGUCGAUGAUUUUCCGUUUGUUGCCAUGGAUACAGAGUUUCCCGGAGUGGUAAUCCGGCCGGUUGGGAAUUUUAAGAACAGCAACGAUUACCAUUACCAAACGCUCAAGGAUAACGUGGAUAUGUUGAAGUUGAUUCAGUUAGGGCUGACCUUUUCGGAUGAGAAUGGCAACUUGCCUAAGUGUGGAACCGACAAGUACUGUAUUUGGCAAUUCAAUUUCCGUGAAUUCAACCCUAACGAGGAUGUUUUCGCUAAUGAUUCAAUUGAGUUGUUGCGCCAAAGCGGCAUUGAUUUCAAGAUGAACAAUGAAAAAGGUGUUGAUGCCAAGCACUUUGCAGAGCUUUUGAUGUCAUCAGGGAUUGUGCUGAAUGAUAGUGUUUCUUGGGUUACUUUUCAUAGUGGGUAUGAUUUUGGAUACCUCUUGAAGCUUUUGACUUGCCAGGAUUUGCCUGAAACACAAGCAGGUUUCUUUACCUUGAUCAAUGUGUACUUUCCUGUCAUUUUCGACAUCAAGCACUUGAUGAAGUUCUGCAACAGCCUUCAUGGUGGAUUGAACAAGCUUGCGGAGCUGUUGGAGGUUGAGAGGGUUGGUAUUUGUCAUCAGGCGGGUUCAGAUAGCUUGCUCACUGCUUGUACAUUUAGAAAGUUGAAAGAAAACUUCUUUAGCGGUUCACUGGACAAGUAUGCCGGUGUCUUGUAUGGUCUAGGUGUUGAAAAUGGGCAGAGUACCCAUUGAAGAAAAAAUUUAAAUGAAAAAAAAAACUUAAAAGAGGAUAGAUGUUUAUUACUUGUGUG